GCUAAAAAACGGGAGAUACCAGAUAGAGAUCCAGGUACUCCAACUGGAGCUCCUGGAGGGUAUUCUCCAGUGCGGGACGAACCCUUUCAGGAGAUAACUCGGUACACCCUUACACAACACAGAUGCAGAUGCGGGAUUUUGUGGCCGCUCAUCAGCCGAAACGACUCCGUUUUAUGUCCUUCCGGCGUAAACAUUUCUUUCGCGCUCUCCUCUUCCUGCGAAUCGAGAUUCCUUAUAAACUCUAUCCGACAGACACGUGGCAGGUCCCGAGUCUCUGGAAACCGAUGCACACGUGGCGACCGUGGCGGUGGAGUCGUGUGAGAGUGCUGUGUCUCGCCGACACGUCUCCCUUCACUCAAUUUCUUCAUUUCUCACAGUUUUCUUGUGUCUAGGAACAGAGGGAGUCGAAUGAAUUACGUAGACAAUAAUACAUCUUUAGCAGAGCUUAUACAUGAAACAGGACAGCAGUAUCAUAUACAUGUGUAUAUGUAUAUAUCAAAGAAUCCAAUGUAAAAGAUGAUAAUUUUAGGCUUUUUAGCAUCUCUUAAAAAGUGGUGAUGUUAGUUUGACCAGACAGAACUUAAUGGUCAGAGAGUCAAGGAUUGUCUUUGGUUCUUUUACAAGUCUUUUUCUCUUCCCUUUUCACUUUUUGCUAAUAAGAAUAUAAAAGGGGAAAUUUGCAACUUUGCAUCUGGGAACCACUAGGAUCCGUUUUUGUUUUAAAAAACCAUAUACAAUGAUGUUAGGCCCAAAAGAAAACCUACAUUGAAUUAUAUUUAUUUGUUUAAAGUGGAGGAAUACUUCAUAAUUGUUUCGAGUGGCUGAAUGAAUCAGAUUUAGGGGAAUGCAAGCGGCAGUGAAUCACCAUAUUUAGAGAUUUCUUUUUCUUCGGCCCGAAGGCAGAGCUUCUCGUCUCCCUCCCCAUCAUCAUCUACGCGGCGAUGAGGCAGGGCAAGGGAAACCAGACAUUUGGCAGCUUAUCAUGCAGAAACCUUCUGAAAAGUCAGCUCGGUGGUGUAAUAUUUGGUUGCAAACAUACCACCAUUAAAGAGUGUCUAUCAAAACAGAUUUUUGGCUUACCCUAUAACCACUUCUCAUAUGUAAGGAAGAUUGAUAUCGGUUUGCCGUUAUUUCUUUUCAACUAUUCUGACCGGAAACUUCAUGGGAUUUUUGAGGCUGCUGGUUCUGGCCAGUUGAAUAUUGACCCCUACGGUUGGACCUCUAAUGGUUCUGAAAGGACAUCAUACCCAGCACAGGUUCAAAUCCGUGUUCAGUUACAAUGCGAACCCCUUACAGAGGAAAUAUUCAAACCAGCAAUUGCGGAUAACUACUUCAAUCCUCACCAUUUCUGGUUUGAGCUAGAUCACGUUCAGACAAAUAAGUUGAUCUGUUUGCUAGCUUCUUUUGCGGUAGCACCUAGACCUUCCCUUCAUACAACGAAGUCAAGGCCCAUUUUUCGUGUAAAUUCCUCGAGUGAAACGAAAGAGGAUAGUAGUGUGGUUAAGGUUGCUGCUUUGGGGCCUGAGGUCUCCAUGCAUGUUGAACCUUCUAUGAAUGAACUAGAAGAUAGCUUGGGAGAGGUGGCCGAUUCUGGUGGGAAACCUGACUCCUUAUUUACUGCUUCAAUUCUCGAUAUAGACAACUCUAUCUCUGGAAAUCAUUCAGAUGCACAGAACUCUGAAGAAAAUGAUAGGGAUUCUGAGAAAUUGAAGGAUCUGACCCUCGGACAUGAGCAUGGAUACGUGGCUCAAAUGGAAGCAGUUGAACAUUCCAACCUUGUAGCUUAUGCGAACCUGGACAGAGAUACUCUACAAGAGCAAACAUGCUCUGAGGAAAAAGCUGAAGACAGGUCUUCUGUCCCAUCUCACUCUUGGUCUGUCAUUGAUCAGUUGAUGCAUGAGAUGAAUGAACUCAGGGCACUUGGAGCAGAACAAAGUACGAAGAUAUGUCACUUGGAAGAGAAGUUGGAUGAAGCGGAAAAGAAGAUUCAAAGACUGCAAAUGUGCUGCAACAUGCUGGAAUCCACGCCGGGUUCUCUAAACGGUAAAACUAGUGAUACGGUGUCUGUGAUCAGCUCGCUGGGCGACCCUAUGGAGUCAAUGCUUCUUUUGGGUGGAUAUGAUGGUGAAUCCUGGUUGUCAUCAGUGCAUUCAUAUUUUCCAUCCAGGAAUGUAGUGAAGGCUCAUAACUCAAUGAGAUCCAUCCGUUCAUAUGCUGCAGUCGCAAAAUUAGAUGGUAUAAUUUACAUGAUAGGGGGUGGAGACAGUCACAAGUGGUAUGACACAGCGGAAUCAUAUGACAUGUCUAGCGAUCAGUGGAGUACGUACCUUCCCUUAAAUGAGAAAAAAGGCUGUUUAGGUGGAGCUGCUUUGAAUGGAAAAAUAUUUGCUAUUGGGGGCGGGAAUGGGGUAGAUUCUUUCGCAGAUGUUGAGAUGCUUGAUCCAGACAUCGGGAGGUGGAUCAGAACAAAAUCGAUGCAACAGAAGAGAUUUGCUGUUGCAACUGCUGAACAUAGCCAUGCAAUUUAUGCUGUUGGUGGAUUUGAUGGUAACGAGUACCUAAAUACAGCUGAAAGGUUUGACCCUAGAGAGCACUCAUGGACAAGAAUAGCAACUAUGAAGUCAAGAAGAGGCUGCCACUCUCUUGUUCUUUUGAAUGAAAAAUUAUAUGCGAUUGGCGGCUUCAACGGUGAGACAAUGGUUUCAAGUGUGGAGAUAUAUGAUCCACGAAAGGGGGCAUGGAUGGCUGGAGAUCCAAUGAACCACAUGAGGGGAUAUUCAGCUGCCGCAGUGGUGAAAGACUCGAUAUACGUCAUUGGAGGACUCAAGGACAAAGAAGAUGACAUCUUAGACAGUGUGGAGUGCUUCAAGGAGGGGGAAGGAUGGAAACACGUUGUCCAAACAUCAAUUGGGAGGCGGUGCUUUCUGGCCGCAAUUGCUGCCAAGUGAAGACCCCUUAACUGCAGGGGAAGCAGUCGUCAGUUCAUGAUGGGGUUACAAGCUUUUUUUAUUGUAAUAGCUCCCGGCUUGUCAAUGGAUGUCGAGACACUUUUUCAGGAGUCAAACCCAGUUAGCCGGAAAUUUUGGCUUGUGCUUUGGUUUUCUUAAGGCGAGAUUGCUUGAAUUGUAUACUUCUGUCUCUGCCCAAGAACAGCGCCAGACUUUUGUAAAAAAAAAAAAAACUUCAGUUGAAGUAUUGGCAACGGGCGUCGAGUUUGGAGAGAUGC